GUUGGUCUGCAAUGGCCGUCGACCUGACCGCUUCGAAGGCAUCCCCGACCAAUUCUGGUCGCUCAUCGAGCAAUGCUGGCAUCAAGACCCCACCAAACGCCCUGCCUUCAAGGAAAUCGUAUCGAUUCUCGCUUCAUUCAGGAGUGCCACGCCGCCUCAAACCCCAAUUGGUAACCUCUCUCAGCAGAUGCAAAGCAUUGAUAUCUCCCCCACCCCUUCACCGCGCCGUGAAAGAUCUCGACCAACAUCCUCGCAGGGGCGCAGUUUUGGCUCGUCGCAGUCUUCCGGGACCCUGACACUGGCCCAGAGACUCACCAACUUUGGCCUCCCACGAGCUGUGCUCAUUGGCAUCCAGCGAGGUGAUGUCGAUGCCCACCUCACUGCGGCCCGCAUGGUGUCGGACGGAAAGCCAGCUAACAAUCCUGCCUGGACCACCGCUGCCGAGCUGUUCCAGGCAGCCGCCGACAAGGGGGAUCUCGAAGCCGCCUUCCAGCUCGGCUGGCUGCACUUUGCUGGCAUCGGCAUCGCGCAGAGUGACAUCGAGGCAAUCGCAUACUGGCAUCUGGUCCACAGCCAGUCGUCGAACGCCAUCAUGAAGUCCAUAGCCAUGUUUAUGACGGGCUGUUGCUGUUACCUUGGUCGAGGUACCCAGCUAGACGAAUCCAGGGCCCAUCAAUUUUUCUGCGAAAGCAUGACACCAGAAUUCCCGUUCGGACGGCUAUUAGUGUAUGGAGAUGGUAAGACCGAGUCGUUCUCGCCAGUGGCAGUGGGGUUCUUCCAACUCUGUCAACUUGGAUCCGACCAUGACUGGUUCUGCAGACACCUCGUCGCAAAAUGCAUGCUCGGAGGUUUUGGAGUAAAGAAAGAUCGAGAAUUUGCUGUUGGGAUCAUGCACGAACUGGCCUAUCAAGGCUACAGUAUUAGUCAGUUCGCGCUGGCUGAAUGCUAUUGCAUGGGCCUCGGCGUUCCCGAGGAUCCCGUCAAGGGCAUCAAGUGGCUCACUACGGCCGCAAAUCAAGGGAACGCAGAUGCUCAAUUUGCCCUCGGAGGCUGCUACUGCAAAGGUGAAGACGUCACCCAGGACCAUGCCAAGGGCAUCGAGUGGUUUACCAAGGCUGCAAAUCAGGGGAAUGCAGAUGCUGAAUUUGCCCUUGGAGUAUGCUACUGCAAAGGUGAAGGCGUCACCCAGGACUAUGCGAAAGCUAUCAAGUGGCUCACCAAGGCCGCCCGUCAGGGGAAUGCAGAAUCUCAGGAUUGGCUCGGCGAUUGUUACCGUGACGGCAAAGGUGUCCCCAAGAACACUGAGACCGCCAGAUCCUGGUACCAAAAAGCAGCUGCACAAGGCAACAAAAACGCUCAAACCAGCCUCAGCAAACUCAGAUAGCCACCUACCCCUCCAUGUAUCCCCUUUCACCCAUUGAACUUGCCAAUAAAUACAAUUCUCCACUA